AUGCACACAAACACUUACUUGAAGGGCCGCCGCAUCUCCCACACACACACGCACUACACACACUUACACACAUUGCAAAAACUCGCACGGCCAAAUGCCGGACGCCGGCCACCUCUAGCCUCGCCGCCGUCAUCUUCAUCAACCACCGCAGUUCCUGCCGUCAUCGUCCCCAAAUGCCGCAGUUCAUGUCCUUCGCCACCUCAGUCGCCGGAGAUCAACGUCGUCGUCUUCCUGUCCCUCAGCCGCUGCCCGUCUUGCCAUCGCCGCAGACUCUCUUCCCGUCACUGUACGCCGGCAGCGGACCACCGCUGA